AUGGCGCUGAUGGCAAAGCUUCACGACGCGCGAGCGCACAUAGACAGUCUCCGCCAAAGGUUCUCUACAAACUCUAAUCCCGCCAUGGUUUCGAUUAUGGAGAAUUUAUUGAAAGUGUUCGUCGCAGCGUGCUUGAUCCUAGGUUCAGCUCUAAUCACCACCCAGCGUGUCGGGCGACCUCUACGGCGAGAAUCCCCAUUUCAUACAAGAGCUUCUGCAAAAUGCGGAUGACAGUAGCUAUACAACGGAGCCUGCCCUCAAGAUCACUUUUCGAUCUCAUGCUACACAGGCCAGUUGGCUUCAGAUCGACACCAACGAGGUAGGUUUUAGUAAAGAGGAUGUCGCCGCUAUUUGCUCGGUGAGCAACAGUACUAAGUCAGGGCAAACUCAUUCAAGAGCCUCCACUGGGGAGAAAGGCAUAGGAUUCAAAAGCGUCUUCAAAGUUGCGAAUCGAGUCUACAUAUCAUCUCGUGGCUACACGUUCAUGUUCGACAAGGACUUGCCAUUGGGCAUGAUCAAUCCAAUCUGGACAGUGUUCCCUGGCGAAACAACUCCAGAGUUGACGUCCAUUGGACUUGAGCUGUCCAACGACCAAAACGCCAUCGAGCUCAUAGAUUAUCUUCGAGGGUUAGACGCAAGCCUUUUGCUUUUCCUUCGAAAGGUUCGAAAGAUAAGCAUUGAAUUGGCACCCGUCGGUGAUACAAGCUCAAGUAUAACACUCCAACGAAAAGACGUCGAUGGAGAUGGGAGGUUUCAGAUUAGGAGACUUUGCACCGCAGAAGGGGACUUAGAGUAUCUUGUACACAGGUAUCGGGUAUCCCAUCUUCCGAGAGACACGAGGCGACCGAAUUACACUCAUUCAGAUCUGCUACUAGCAUUUCCGCCUCCGCCGUUGAGAGGCGAACAGGUUUUCGCAUUCCUCCCCAUCAGUGACUCUGGAUUGGACUUUGCACUGCAAGGCGACUUUUUACUUGUCGCUAAUCGUCAGUCUAUUCAUCCAACCGCGCACUGGAAUUGCCAUUUGCGUGCCGGGGUCACGGAAGCGUUCGUGCAGUCUGUCGAACGAUUCAACAGCUCAGACCAUCUGCUGAAAUAUUACUGGCCAUUGUACAUGCCGACAGAUAAAGUCCACAAGUUCUUCCAGCCAUGUAAGGAGUCCAUUCACACUGUUCUCAAGUGCAGCAGAGUCCUCCUAUCACAAUCUGUUGAGAGACCGUACGCUCUCCCUAGCGAGCUGUUAUUUGUUCACCCUGGCAUGUAUGCGGAUUGCAACGGCAUACCGUUGACAGCUUGUACACUGCAUAGUGCUACAUAUCUAUCCAGCAGCUAUCCAGAGUGUACGAUAGGACCUCUACGCACCUUAGGUGUUGUUGCAAUGACUGACGAUAUCUUUUUGUCACACUUGCAGCAACUCAUAUCCGAAGCUGCGGCAGAAUUCUAUUCGCGUACAUCUCAAUGGCACUCACAGCUCGCGCGAGUACUCUUGCGCUUGAUUGUAGACGCACCGGAAGGCCUGCGGCAGGUCGCCUAUAAUCUGCCAAUCGUACCUCUUUCAAACGGAACAUGGGUAUCCGCACGUGACGGACCUAUGCUUCCACAGCGUACUGCAUCACGGCCAAAUGCUCUCGAAGAUUCAGCGAAUAGCGCCCUGGGCGAGAUCACCUCAUCGGACGCGUAUGACAAUGUAGGAGGUAGAUCGACGCCCACCAUUCUCGCAGAAGAUGUUCCAGGUCGCGUUCUUAUCAUCGAAGAGACUGCAGCAGCUGAUGAUAUGCGCAGAAGCCUCUUUGCGCAAUUGAAAGUUGUGACAAUGAGCACAACCUGGACGUGUGAACAUCUGAGCAGCUGCCACAAUUCUUCAAGCUUCAACCCCCAAAACUGGACGUUGGAACAACUACUUUCUCAUACGAAGUACAUCUAUCACGCCAGGUGGCGACCUGAACGGUUUACCGACCUUUGGUUUGCGACCUCUGAUGGUGGUCGAUGCAAAGGGUCGCAAGCGUACUGUGCUGUACCUACUUCCGAAGACUCUGUGUACGCUCGAAUCUCGGAAGUCAUGAUAUCACGCUAUCCGACGGUUGACCAUGCAUAUAUGCAGGAGACUGAAGCGGGCUGGAUGCUAUUUCUCCAGAACACUCUGCAUGUAUCUGCAGUACCACGCCUAGUACAAGAGGGCGAAUUCCAUCAGGGGAAAACAUCCGAUCUUUCCGAAGAGUUCAAAUACAUUCUGAAGGAGUGCCAAUUUUCCGACGUUGUUCAGCUACUGCUUGAAAAUUGGCACGCGUAUUCGAGGUGGUUCGAUGCAGAUAUUACACAAUUCACAAGACUCGAUAUUCGCGAAUCGAGAGAAAAGCUCUUGUUGGAAAUCCAGGAGAGCAUGGUGAAAACUCAGCAUGGCAUGAGGCGCCUAGGCUCGAUCUCUAUAUCUGGAAUCGAUUCAUACGUCGAAGUACACAUAGCAGAUCUUCCGGUAUUGACCCUGGAAGCGACCAGGGAUAAGAUAACGAAUCAGAAGUUGCAUCUACUUGGUAUCCAUGUUGACAGCGAUGUCGAGUUUUACACGCAUUGCUUGGAGCACUUGCACGCAAAGGACGAACCAGAAACUGCCGUUCUGUCUCAUAUCUACGAAAAGAUUCAAGACUUGUAUGAUGCAAAUGAAGUCCUGGUGGAAUCUACCUUUUCGAAGAAAAAGUUGAUCUACGUGAAAUCGCCGUAUCCACGGAAAGAAAAGCUUUCGGCUUCACGGGCAAGUCAACUGCAGGCCGUCCGAUCCAGCGAACCCAUCGGCUGGCUCGAUGUAAGCGAGGGCUCCUUACUGAAAGAUCUGAUCCAAUCAGAUUACCCUCAAGCCACGCGUUUUUUCCAAGGCUUACUUGGUGGCGAGCGUUUGCUUCUUGGACCUCUUCUCGCAAAAGCGAGUAGAGUUGACAUGUUGAUGAAUACAGCAGAGAUUGCGACUCUAUUCGCAAACAUAAGCGACAUUCUAGGGCUUAUGGGCCAGAUCAAUGUUGCCAAAGCGACAAAGUUUAUCCAUGACAAACCAGUUCUUCCCAUAUUCAAGGUGAGCACCGAAUCGCAGGAUGACAACUCCUAUGAUAGUCUUGUUGGCAACAGAGAUGCAUCUUGGUUCAUUGCAGACAGACCGCAUCUUUACCAGAGCUUCAAAGGAAAGUUACCGCUCCUGGCUUUCACAGUCCAACAGAUCCGGAGUAUGAAACAUUUCAUAUCAGCGAUGAGACUAGAUUCUCGCCGGUUAUCCAGACCAGAUCUAGUCAUCGAUUCUACCGUCCCGAGAGGUCCUUUGAGGUACAGUCAACCCAAGACCGUUGCAGUGUUGGGUAAAAAUGAGUUUCUCAAAGCGCUUCUAUCGACGACAAAUUCCAACAAAUUACAAUCUUCUGAUUGGAUACGAAUCAGUUCGGCAGAAUCGAUCGUCAUAAACCACGAUUUUAGAUGCAAAGAUUCAGCUUGCAGCGGACGACCCACCAAAGGAUUCAUUCACUCCGUCUCAAGUGAGUGUAACCUUCAAAUAUACAUUGAAGACGAUGGUAAAGACUCGAACUUGCUACCUUUCGACGUCGUGAGUGAGAUUGGCCAAUAUCUUGGGAUCAAAGAUGAGCGGAGACGGCAUUUGCUCUAUGAAGCGCUCAGCAACAAGAACAUUCGGGACGUUCAGCAGCGAUUCGAAGCCGACGGAUACGAUGUCGACAUCGUGAAAGUGCUCGAGAGCCACCAAGAACCACACGCCGACUAUCACGUCGCUUCUGGAGAUCUUAUGUCUAUACCCAGCCCUUGGCAAGUUCAUGGGAGUAAGAACAAGGGGCUGAAUAUCGACCUACAGCCCAAGCGUAGCAAACUUGAUCCAGAUCGACGCAUCAAAAUGAUGGAGAUCAACAUGGCCUCCAAAGUCUCAACACAUGGUGUGCUUUAUACUCAAAAAUUGGAUCCCAACAAUACACUCCAGUUUCUAGGAGAGUUGCUUGCCUCACGGAUGUUUGAGAAGACAUUGGGGUGGGCAUACAUUCCAGACUUGUACUGGACAAGUAAGCUUCGUGUACGAGCGGGAACCAUGCCAGAGCCAACAACCGAGCACGUCGCAUCUUUCACAAUGGACGAGCCGUUUAUAUCCCAGGCUGUAACGACACGCUUCUCAAGCCAACUGGGUGACCAACAAGCCCAGGAUUGGGGCGCCUGCAGCCCCACAUACCAUUUUCUGGUAGCACCGUCAUCUGGUGACUGGGAAGAUUCAUUUGUAUGGGGAUCUCAGAAAGUAGAGUUGAUGCGCCGCUUCCACCUAUCCGGAGCCAAUAUGAAGUCACCAAAAGACGUCCUGAUCUUGCUAAGAAUUAGUCAUAUCUACAGCGAACGGCCCCGAUAUCGAUUCAUUAUAGACCCUUGGAAUUUAGUUCUGUCCGGUCAGCUCACGUUGCCAAGUGAUGCACUUUUUGCGGCUGCUAUCAAGUCCAACGCGGUUUCUCAGCACGAUCCGCAAAACACCAACCACAGUUCCACAAGUGAUAAGCCAAUCGAAGGGGAAUCGAGGCAAAACGAAAAUGAACCUAGUCGAUUACCGCGGGAUGUACCUGAUAUGGCCACAACAUUGCGCGGUCCAAAAGCGAAGUUAGACUCAACUCCUUACAUAUACCGACCUCUUUGUAGCGAACAGUUCCGAUUGUUCACUCUUUUCCCCGCAGCAGAUACCCAAGACCCUCUGCGUGGUAUGAUCUGUAGCCACUCCAUCAAAGUUGGUGUACCGUAUGAAAGCGUUUCCUACACGUGGGGUUCUGAUGCGCAAACAAUGCAUUCAAUCUCAAUGCCGGACGGUGAACUACAAGUGAGAGACUCUCUCAAAACAGUUCUCACUAGACUUCGAAAGAAAGAAGGCUCUGUGGUACUCUGGAUAGAUGCCAUCUGCAUUGACCAGGAGAAUCCGCACGAGAAAACGCACCAGAUUCGCAAACUCCCACAAAUUUUUCAACGCGCAACAUGUACUCUUGCAGUCAUUUCUACGGAAGAGAAGUAUCAUGCCGCCAUGGAAACGCUUAUGCAAAUUCGUGGAAAUGCGGUCUACGGUUACGACUCCGAAAGAUGGCCAGACAAUCUGGCCAAAAUUCCGGCAUCUUGGGCAGGAAAAGACAUGCCCCCAAUAACAGAGGAUGUAUGGGACUCAGUUGUCCAAUUUUUCAAGGUCGCAUGGUUUCAAAGGGCCUGGAUCGUGCAAGAAGUUAUAGCAGCACCAUCAGUCAAAGUUGUGUGCGGUCAGUGGAUGGUAGAUUGGAGCGACCUAUUCUUCACUAUGGAGCUCGUGGACAAAAGGUUCAGACGGACCUCCAAGGUCGAUAUUUCAGCCUGGAAAUCCUUCAAGAUCUUGGGGGAACAUCGAGAGUGGGAGGCAACAAAGCGUCGGUGGCCACUUCUACUUCUUUUAGAGACGUUUCGCCACACAGAAUCUGGUUUCAUGCGAGACAGGUUCUUCUCUCUGCUUGGACUCGCCAACGAUGGUAACUUAGCUGAGUUUGAGCCCGACUACGCAUCUCCCUUCGAAGCUAUCGUGUGCAAAUUUGCACGUACGUUCAUUCAACGAGGAUUUGGUAUUCAUCUACUCUGUCGUGCGGGUCUGGGUCCACAGCUCGAUCGAUUUCCAUCCUGGGUUCCGGACUGGACCAUUCUGAAAUCAGACAGCCUGAGUAAAUCCAGUGAGCGCGGGGUUGUAUACAACGCAUCGAGCUACGCCGAACCAAAGAUUGGGGUGGUUUCGGAAUCCCGUAACAUCAUCGAGGUACGCGCUAUCCAGGUCGACAUCAUCACACAUGUCAGUGGCUGCUUCAAUCGGCCGCACGAGCCAGCCCGACUUGAGAAAUACUUCAAGGAAAUCGACGAUUUGAUCGAUGCACAUCUGAGAACCAGGUUCAGUCGCGAGAAGCGCGAUGUACUGAAGUGGCGUGUACCUGUUGCAGGUGCCGAGCACCCAAAGAUAGCAACUGGAGGAGACAUCAACCUUCGUGAUUCCUACAACGCUCUUCGGACAGUUUUGAAAGGACUCAAGAAAAAGACCGGCCCAAGUGCUCAGUACCUGCGUGAGGAUACUGGUGAACGAUUGGUCGCUUCUUCUGAUGGUGUGGAACUGACCCGUGUGCAAGGUAGAAGUCUCAAUUACCAUGCACUUGUACAAGACAGCAUAAAGGACUGGAAAUUCUUCGUGACACAGUCUGGUACAUGUGGUAUCGCACCAGGGCUAGUGAAGGCAGGAGACAAGGUGCACAUCGUUGCGGGUAGCAGAACGCCGUUUGUGAUGCGUAUGAGCUUUCCAGAGCAGGAUCUUUCCAAGCUCAUCGGUGAAUGCUAUGUGUAUGGUAUGAUGAAUGGGGAAUGCGUACAUGCCGAUACAAGAUGGUCGACGGUAAAGCUACAUUAG